GGGAAUAUGGGAAGGAAGGGACCUAGGGUGCGCCUGCCCUCUUGGUAGUUUUUAGCCAUCCACUCUUUCCUUUGCAUCAUCCAUGUCAUCCACAUCCAUCCAUCCAUCCAUCCAUCCAUCCAUCCAUGUCCAUGUCCAUCACCACCCACCGUCAUGCCCGCAUCAUGCCCGCUGCCCGCUGCCCGCUGCCCGCUGUGCCCGCUGUGCCCGCUGUGCCCGCCCGCACAAGCACGCAAGCAAGUACAAGUACAAUGCCUCCAUCUCGUCCCACCUCUCCCACGUGGAUGGCGCGAACCUCAGCGCGCACACGGCCCGUCGCGACGCGGCACAGCGACGGGCUGAUCUUCUGACCUGGCACAGCCACGGUGCGCCGAUCCAGCCGGGCUAGCAUAAUUUUCUGCUCCACGUCGGGCUUUUUCCACGGGCGAGAUGCGGGCCCGGCAGCCCUACUAUCGGCACCAAGGCCGCAUCCCGCUGGCCACGUAACUGGCGACACCUGACGUGCGGCACUUACGUACGGCCCGGCCCUGGGACAGCGACGUAACGCGCGGGCAGAGUUUUGUGCUUGCCACGCGACACGGCUUCUCCGC